AUGAGCAAAUAUAGGCGAGAAGAAUCCUCGAGUGAGGACACAGACAGCGAAGAGGAGCGUCGCAAGAAAGAUAUUAAGGAGAGAGAUAGCUUUGCUAGUCGUCUCAGAGCUAAGGAUGAAAGUAAAAGGCGCAAUGUUGCGAUGCCUGCUGGUUCCGGAGCUGCUGAAGCAGCAAAGAGACUUAAAAUCAUGGAGACUGAUACAAAAGAAAAGCUGAUACCAAAAUUAAGAACUGAGUCUCGUAGGAAAUAUCUGGAGAAACGUAAAGAGGACAAAGUUGCAGAGUUGGAGGCUGACAUUCUUGAUGACGAAUAUCUAUUUGAUGAAGACGUCUUAACAGAAAGAGAGAGGGAAGAGAGAGCUCAUAAGAAACAAUUGUUAUACUUAGCAAAAGAGCAUGAGAAAGCAAGGGAACUCGAACGUAUGCAACGCUAUCAUAUGCCUCUUGAGAAGGGUAAAAUGGAAUCAGAAUCUGAUAUGAUAACAGACAAGGAACCACCACAGUCCGAACAAAGUAAAUGGGAAUCAGAUCAGAUGUCAUCAGCUGUUUUUCGUUUUGGUGCUAAAGAUAGAAAAGCUCAACAAGAAUAUAAUCUUCUUAUGGAGGAUGAAAUGAUAGAGUUUGUUCAAGUCCUGCAUAUGCCUGGACAUAAAGAUAAGAAACGUGAAGCAAGUCCACCCCCACAUGUUAAACAUCUGCAAACGAUACAGGAGACAAAGAAAAGUCUGCCUAUUUAUCCCUUCAAAAAAGAUUUAAUACAUGCUAUUAAAGAACACCAGGUUUUGAUAAUAGAAGGUGAAACGGGAUCGGGAAAAACAACGCAGAUUCCACAAUAUCUAUACGAAUCUGGAUUUGCAGAUGAUGGCAAGAUUAUCGGAUGUACGCAACCGCGGCGAGUAGCGGCUAUGUCAGUAGCUGCAAGAGUAGCCCACGAAAUGGCCGUUAAACUGGGAAAUGAAGUUGGCUAUGCUAUUCGUUUCGAAGAUUGUACAUCACAACGAACUCGCAUUAAAUAUAUGACUGAUGGUACGCUGCAUCGAGAGUUUCUUAGUGAGCCUGAUCUAGCAUCAUAUAGCGUAAUGAUAAUUGAUGAGGCGCACGAACGUACUUUACAUACCGAUAUUUUAUUUGGACUCGUGAAAGAUAUCGCGAGGUUUCGUCCUGAUUUGAAACUGUUAGUAUCAUCAGCUACAUUGGAUGCUACAAAAUUCAGUGAAUUUUUCGAUGAUGCUCCUAUAUUUAGAAUACCAGGACGCCGCUUUCCCGUCGAUAUCUAUUACACAAAAGCGCCGGAAUCAGAUUAUAUUGAAGCGUGUGUAGUUUCUAUUAUUCAAAUUCACGUAACACAACCAUCGGGUGAUAUAUUGGUAUUUCUCACCGGACAAGAAGAGAUCGAGACGUGUCAGGAGAUGUUACAAGAGAGAGUGAGAAGACUAGGUAGCAAAUUGGCAGAGCUUUUAAUUUUACCUGUCUAUGCGAAUCUACCAAGCGACAUGCAGAUAAAAAUAUUUCAACCAACUCCACCUGGCGCGAGAAAAGUUGUAUUGGCAACCAACAUAGCAGAGACCUCGUUGACUAUAGAUAAUAUAGUAUAUGUAAUAGAUCCUGGUUAUGCGAAGCAGAAUAAUUUUAAUCCUCGCACUGGUAUGGAGAGUUUAAUAGUUGUACCAAUUAGCAAAGCAUCUGCGAAUCAGAGAGCAGGACGCGCGGGAAGAGUAGCGCCUGGGAAAUGCUUUCGUUUAUACACAGCUUGGGCUUAUCAGCAUGAACUUGAAGAUAAUACUGUACCUGAAAUUCAAAGAAUUAAUUUGGGUAAUGCAGUAUUGACUUUGAAAGCUCUUGGAAUUGAUGAUUUGAUGCAUUUUGAUUUCUUGGAUCCUCCACCGCCUGAAACAUUGAUCUUGGCGAUGGAGCAACUAUACGCAUUGGGCGCGCUGAAUCAUCGCGGAGAGCUGACAAAACUCGGACGUAGAAUGGCUGAAUUUCCGCUGGACCCUAUGAUGGCAAAGAUGCUGUUAGCUAGCGAGAAAUAUCGCUGUUCGGAAGAGGUAGCAACUAUAGCGGCCAUGCUUUCGGUAAACGGCGCUAUCUUUUAUAGACCAAAGGAUAAAAUUAUACAUGCGGAUGCUGCACGCAAAAAUUUCCAUGUACCUGGUGGUGAUCAUUUGACGCUCCUUAAUGUGUACAAUCAAUGGGCACAAAGUGAUUUUAGUACACAUUGGUGUUACGAAAAUUUCAUACAGCAUAGAUCUAUGAAGCGAGCAAGGGAUGUUAGAGAACAAUUGGUAGGUCUGAUGCAGCGUGUAGAGAUGGAAUUAGUCUCGGGAAUUACAGAAACAGUCAAUAUUAGAAAGGCUAUUACAGCUGGUUAUUUUUAUCAUGUGGCACGCUUAUCGAAGGGAGGUUGCUACAAAACCGCAAAGCACAAUCAACAAGUCGCAAUACAUCCAAAUAGUUCCUUAUUUCAGGAUCUUCCACGCUGGCUUCUUUAUCACGAACUUGUCCUCACUACUAAGGAAUUUAUGCGUCAGGUGACAGAAAUUGAAAGUAAAUGGUUGCUGGAAGUGGCACCUCAUUAUUAUAAGCCUAAGGAAGUAGAAGAUUCAACGAAUAAAAAGAUGCCGAAAGUUGCAGGCAGAUCACGACCAGAUGGAACGAAUUAAACAUAAUUUUGUACUAUUUUUAAAAAACUGUGAUAUUAAUACAUUAAUAUUAUUAU